CCAUUGGCGGGGUACAAGGGGCUGGUGGAGACGAUGCAGGAAAAGGGGGGGGUAUAAGGAAGACUGGCACGAUGGCAAGUCACACCAUGCCUGCGCUGUGGGAGGCGGAUGCCUCGCGCGGUUCAACACCGGCGCCGUCCCAGCCUCCUACGGACGAAGACUACCAGCAAGUAUUGGAAUACGCGUUGAUGACUCCGCGCAGUAGCUCGCGCAGUACACGCGGCCCGAUCCGUGGGCCACACUCGGCACCACGACAACCUACCGCGGCCCCAGCACCUCAAACAGUCGCCCCAGCUCGCGAAUCGUUUGGUAUGCCCGCAAACCCAGUUUUGGGGAUGGAGGUGACAUACAGUCCCCCGGACGGUCCCGCAUCGCGGCGCGCCCACGAUGGUCGGCGCCGCUCCAGUGUUGCGGAUAUGAUUCGUGACCUCACACAAGAAAAUUGGGAUGCGCAAGCCACGAGUGACGGUGUUCCAGACGCCAACACCACCAGUGACAACGCCAUGUUUGAUCAUGCUACCAACCACCCCGAUGGCCAAGAUGUCUUUGAUCAAUCCCUCAUUGAGGAAGAGGGCAGCGAGGCGGAUCAAGAGGGCAGCGAAGCCUAUGACAAUGAGGAGGAGAUGGAGAGCCAUGUCACGGCAGAGCAGGCUGCCCCUCGCCAGCCAUCGGGUCCGUCAAAUGACUUCUGGCGUGUGCCAGAGCACGGCACAGCAUCCACCAAUAUGCGUUCAGCCACGCGAGCGUAUCAGCAGGGCAGCUCGGCCCGCUCCUCUGCCACGGUCACCGUGCCCGCUCGUGCCCAUGCGUCGCGUUUGGAACAAGAGCUGCCGCCCGUCACCUUUGCGUCAGCCGACAUUGCCCACAACAUGGACACCAUGUGUGCUUCCGUCAAGCAGAUGGUCCUGCAAUUCUCGCAGACCUACAACGAGAACAUGCAAGGCAAGGAAGCGGUCAUUGAAAGUCUGACUCAAGCUCUUGAGAAGGAGCAGGAACGCCGCAGCUUGCAACACAACAUGGUUCAAUGGAAACUUCAGCUCAGCGAGCGCAAGCGAGAGCACUUUACAUCCGUCCUGGCCCGGCGCCAUCACGCACGCACCGAGAUGAUCAAGGCAUUUCGGGGUUGGCGAAGCGUCAUCGAAAACAAGUACCGCGACCGCAUCGAUCGCGCCUGCCAAGCGCGCGCAGAAGAAGUGUGCAUGCAGCUGCGCCAACAUUACGAGGCUCGUCUGCACGAGCGGCGGGUGGAGCUGGAAGCCUUGCAUCAAGAGCUUCAAGUGGCCGAAAUGCGCAAUGCCGCCUUUCAACAGGACGUCAAGAAAGCCUUUAUGCGCGGUUGGUGA